AUGCAUUUCACCAAGUCGAUUUGGAGCUUGGGUCUCCUCGGGCUCGUGGCUGCCAACCCGUGGCCGAAAGUCAGUCUCGAAGACAGCCUCAUUGCGCGGGGAGACCUCACUCUUCGUCAAGAACCAGAAGACAUCUGUUCGAUCGACACAUGCGGCAGCGAGGCCGAGUGCCUGAUAGCACGAGACAUUGCCACCCCGCUGAUCGGCCGCGACGAGUACAACGCCGCCAACGACACAGCCGAGGAGGAGCUUGCGCUCCUGAAGAGAGACAUUGAUAGGCCCGGGGCAGGUCAGCUUGACGGCUGGUUCAAGGCCAAUUGGGAGAGUGGCAACGUCGUCAACAUCCCGUUCAGGCCUGACGACGACGGCGAGUGGUACACGGCUCGCUAUCGCGAGUUUCUCAACAAGCCUUUCAAGAUGGGCAUCAAGGGCAUGUGCGGGUGCACCGCUGUCAUAGUCACCUCCAAAAAGGGUGCCUAUAUCUCUCACCACUGGGAACGACCUACCGUCAUCGCCGCCUUUGAGAAGCACGGCGCGCCGACCCCGGGAGCGGCGGACGGCGAGACGGUGUUCCAGCAGGAUGUCAUCGAAGAGCUCCACGAUGCCCUGACGUGCCUUGCGUUCAACAAGAACGAGGACAAGGACGUCCAGGUGUUCAUCUUUACCAAAGUCGACACGUCGUCCAGGACGGUCAAGUAUGCUCCGCAGGUAGAUCAGAUCAAGAACAAGGUUGUGGAACGGAUCCCAGGGCUGUCCAAAGGCGAUAUCAAGGACCUGCCGUACUAUACGCGCGAGUCUGUCGCGAACGCGCUGGAUACAGCGGAUGGCAAGGUCAUCAUCUCCUAUGACCCCAAGGCGGGCGGCGGUAAGGCUGGGUACCAGGUAUGGGCCGGUUCGGUUUACAAUGCUGGAGGCAAGAUUGACCCUGCCACCAUCAACGCCCCUAACGGCGAGGCAACGUGGGAGCCGACAGAGGGGCAGAGACUUGCGGCAUACCGAAAGAACAUGGAGCCCCAAACCGAGGCGUCAUCGCCCAUCGCUCACCUGGGCCAAUCCCCCCUCACGGAGAUCGGACAAUGCCUCGAUCCCAUCGAGACUCGACUCCAGUGGGCCAAGCAGGCCGUCGACGCAGGCCACGACGUCAACGAGCUCGACCUGAACACGGAUUGGCGCCGAAACAAGGGUCGCCCACUGCACUCUGCCCUGGAACACCCAGGACGGAUGGACGAGAUGACGGCGCGAGACCGCGGCCGCAAUGAGAGUCUGGACCUGGUCAAGUUUCUUUUGGAACGCGGAGCUGAUCCUCGGCUGCGAGACUGCAGGGGCAAGGAAACAGCCAUGGACAGGGCCCGCUGCGUGCUAGGCAGUCCCGUGGGCGACGUGGAGAGGUCAUUUGUUGAGGAGGCAUUGCGCCUGAUGGAAGAAGCGGCGCAAAAGACGGAGCAAAAGGAGACGACGAGCAAGGGGUUUCUUGGCGAUCUUAAAGGGUUGUUGGGUCUCGGAGGACAAAAGAGGGAGACCGAAUGUCUCUUUUGCCGAGAAGAAAAGUCACACAAUUGGCACUACAACGUCUACGUCGGGACCACGAGAGAACAUCGGAUGCUCGAGGAAACAGACAACAUUAGGAAACCCCAGCCGGAGUACGUAUGA